CCCGCCCCGCCGGGCCCUGCCAGAGGGACCCGCCUACCGGCAGCUGAUAGGUCCCCUCCGAACAACACUCUGAGCGCUGCCUCCCUUGAUUGGCUGGGCGCGCCCCGCGCAAUGCUUUGUGGGGGUUGUGGUUUGCGUCUGGCUUGCGGCAGUGGUGCUGUGCGCGGGGACGCUACGUUUCCCGGCAGCCUUUGCGGGCAGUGCUCAUCCGGGUCCCCUGGUCUCCUGGCGGCUCGCCCAAUCGGCAUGCGCCGAGGGUGUGUUCUAAGGCGUUGAUUGGUCGGUUCGGACGGACGAGCUCUGUUUGAAAUACGUUAACGGCGGUGGCGGCCGCAAAACGCGCGGCGGCUGCGGCGCCGAGGAGUGCAGCAGUGAAAGCUGAGGACUCGUGGGGACAGCGCGAAGGUGAAGAUGUUUCACCCAGAAUUUCGCUAUUCCUUUGAUGUCCCAAACCCUUGCAUCAACUUUGCAACUCUGAAUGAGGAUGAUGUACACAAUCCAGACUCCUGGUUUGACCAAAAAGCCAAUCUGGAGAAUGUCCCCCCUGCAGAAAAUCUGGCAAAGGUCUCACAGAACAGCCCUGCUUUAUCAAAGCCUGAUAUUAUUCUGUCUUCUGUCGCAUCACAAGGAAUACCAAUGAGUGAAAGCUGUGACAAAGAGAAUGGAGAAGCAGAAGACAUGCAGACCGAUGAGGUUCCUCAGAAUAUUGUUGGAUCCCUGGACACCUGGAGAGCUGCUGCUCCUGCAGAGGCCUCUCGAAGAGCUGGCAGAACACAGGCUGCAAAGCAGAGAAAAACAAAGCAGCGCAAACAACCAGCUAGAGUCAAAGCAGAGAGAAAUGCUACUGCCUUGGCUGAUACAGGAGAGGUUCAACCCCUGAAAAAAAUGAAACUUUCUAGCAGCAGCGAGAACCUGACAGAAGAAUCCACAAAGACAGAGCCACUGGAGAAUCCUGAUCUUUCUCCAGGGAGAGGGAAAAGCAAACUGACCGUGCCCUCCAAGCCAACAACAUUAAAGAGUACCAAUGUUUCUGGCAAGGUGAAAAGUACAGAGGAGCAGGAGCUGGAGAAGAUGCAGCAGUUGCAGCGGGAGGUUAUGGAGCUGCGGAAGAGGAAUGAGGAGUCUCUGAAAGCAGCUAUUGCUGGAGCAGGACAACCUGUGAAGAGACCUGCUGGCCAAGUAACAAAACCAGUUGACUUCCACUUCUGCACGGAGAGUAGAGUUAAACAGCACGUGGAAAGCCAGCCUGGGAAUGAGUACAAGGAGGUGGAUUUUGCUGCUGUACUGAGAAAGCAUCCUCCUUCUCCGGCGCGAUUGCCAAAGGGACCCACUGUCCCCAAACCUUUCAACCUGUCCCAGGGAAACAAAAGAAAACUUGAAGAAACCUCAUCAGAAUACGUGUCCCUUGCUGAGCAGGUAGAAGCAUUCCAAAGGCGCACACCCUCUCGUUACCAUUUGAGGAGCCGAAAAUCUGAUGAAGGGCCAGUGCCAGGAAAGGUGUUGAAGGCUCGGAUUACAAAACCUAAAACGCCGAUGCUUCUAACAAAGCAGCGCUUCAGACCCGGCACCUGCAAAACUACAGCAGAGUUAGAAGCAGAGGAAUUGGAGAAAAUUCAACAGUACAAAUUCAAAGCACGAGAACUCAAUCACAAGAUCUUUGAGGGUGGACCACUCCUGCCCAAGAAACCCCCUGUGAAGGAACUCACACAACCCAUUGGCUUUGAGUUGGAAAUAGAAAAAAGGAUUCAGGAGCGUGACAGUAAGAAGCAGCAGGAGGAAGAGCACUUUGAAUUCCAUUCCAGGCCAUGUCCAACGAAAAUCCUGGAGGAGAUUGUGGGUGUUCCAGAGAAGAAAGUGCUUCCUGUUACAGUCCCCAAGUCUCCAGUCUUCACCUUGAAAAACAGAACCCGAACAUCUGGCAGAGAUGAAGAAAAGGAAAAAGAGGCAGUCCCUAUGAUCAAAGCUAACCCGAUGCCACAUUAUGGAGUGCCCUUCAAACCUAAAGUGCCAGAGCAGAGGCACGUGGAGGUUUGUCCCUUCUCUUUCGAUGCUCGUGACAGAGAGCGGCAAAUACAAAAAGAGAAAAAAAUAGAAGAAAUGCAGAAGGAAGAGGUGCCAAAGUUCAAAGCGCUGCCUCUACCUUACUUUGACCACGUUAAACUGCCAGAAAAGAAGGUCAAAAACCCGACUCAGCCUGAACCGUUCAAUCUGCAGGUUGAUGAACGGGGAGCUGCCAAGUUACAGAGCUGGAAACAGCAGCUUAAAGAAGACAUGAAAAGGCAGAAAGAGGCAGCAUGUUUUAAAGCUCGUCCCAACACUGUGGUGUACCAGGAACCUUUUGUGCCUAAAAAGGAGAAUAUGCUGUUAUCAGAGAGCCUUUCUGAUUCCGUAGUUCCUGAAAGCUUUGAGCUGGCAACAGAAAAAAGAGCUAAAGAGCGGCAAGAAUUUGAAAAACGAUUGGCGUAUAAAGAAGCCUUGAGGGAGAGGCAUGAGGAGCAGGUCAGACAGCAACAAGAGGAGCGUGAAAAGGAAGAAGUUGCUAAGCUAAGACAAGAACUGGUUCACAAGGCAAACCCAAUACGCAAAUACCGCAACGUGGAAGUGAAGCCCAGUGAGCAGCCACUGACUAUGCCGAAGUCUCCCAACUUCUCAGACAGAUUCCAGUGCUGACGUGCAUCCACGUGACAGCAGGAGGAAGAUCCUCUCCACUGUCUUGACAGGCAGAGAGAGAACAGUUGGUUUUGCGUGACUGCUCAGUCUCAACUCCUAUACUUCAUUGCAUUUAUUGUUAUAUUAAGUAGUUUAACACCACCCGAGGCAGGUGGCUGAGGCACGGCAUACAGGCAGUGCCACGUGGCCUCGCUUCACACCUAGGCAUCUUUUCCUCUAAAGACUACACCAGGUUUUAUAUUGUAUACAAAUAUUGUGUACCUGAACUAAAUAAAAAUUCCUGACCUGAUCACUGUCUCUUGCUAAUGGGCCCAUCCCUCUCCUGCAGAAGAACUUUCAGUAAAGGGCAGUUGGUGAACACACAAGGAUGUGCACAUCUGGAAGAGCUGGCUUGUCUUUGUACAUCUCAGUAUUGCUUUCAAGUGUCUAUUUCUUGAACUUUUAAUCUGCAUUGUGCUUGAAUUGUGUUUAGCGAUGUGGCUUCUGUGAGCGGGUCUGACCCUUGUUGAUGUUUAGAUGAGUGCUAAUGUGAAUCUUAACCACACUUUUUAAAAGUAGUUCUCUGUACAUUAGAGCAUUAAACCUUCUGCUUUUCUAGA